AUGCAUUUAGAGAAAUACGGAGAUAUCUUUGAAAUCUAUCUGGCAAAUAAACGUCAAAUUGUAAUAAACCGUCCAGGAUUUCUGGAUAAUCUAUAUAGUCCUAGCACAAAAGCAAGGUAUUUCUCUCGUCCUACCAUAAAUGGAUUAGAAGAUUUAGGAGUACGGAAGGGAAUCACCUUCAAUCAGAAUUAUGAAGCUUGGCGACGUAAUCGAAAAAUACUCGCUCAUGCCGUAUCGGCUCCAAGUUUCCUUAAAAAAGCAUUGACCGAUUCUCAAGAAAUUUUCAAAAGGGCUGAAAGUAAAUGGAAAGAUGGACAAAUUUUAGACCUUGCAGUUUGGGUAAAAUGUUUUACCACGGAUUUCAUAAUGCAAACUUCCACAAGUGAAGAUUCAUAUUACCUAGCUUGGUAUCAAACGCCGGAAGAAGAACGUGAUGAAAACAUGAAGUUCUCCCGUAAACUCUAUUGUGCUAUUGAAACUUGGCUGUCCUCCAUCGCCUUCUUCGUGACCGUACCAAAGUUUUUGAGGCACUAUGCGCCGGGCGUCAGGAGCCUCCAAUUAAAAUUUGUCAACAACACCCAAUGGAUAAGGGAUUUUUUCAGGGGUAUCAUCAAGAAGCGUAGAGAGCUUAGAAAAUCAUCAUCAAACGAGAAAGACGGAGAUUUCCUGGAUAUUAUGUUGGCUGCCUAUGAAUGCACAGAUGAAAUGGGCGAUGAACCGUUAGAUGAUGAUGAGAUUUGCGAUGCCAUAAUGGACAUCACCAUUGGUGGUAUCGACACGACCAGUGAUGGAUUUUGUUUCGUGUUAUGGUAUCUUCAUAAUUAUCCCGAUGUCAAACAACGUUUUCUCGACGAAAUCAAUUCCAUCUUGGGUGCUGACACGAAUCGGGCAAUGACCAUAGAGGACAUUGAUAAGUUCGUAUAUCUCGAUGCGAUAAUCAAAGAGGUAUUCCGUGUGUUCACGUUAGCCCCGCUCACCUUGCGUCGCAUUACCACCGAGGAUACUUUAGGAGGUUUCAAUUGGCCGGCCGGCACCGAUUUUUGGAUAAACCAUCAAGCGGCAAAUAAUCAUCCAGAUUAUUGGGUUGAUCCCAAAGUCUUCAAUCCCGACAGAUUCCUGAACGGAGAACAUUUAAAGGCAAAAAACAUGUGGACUACCUUUGGGGGUGGGCGAUAUUUAGCCACUCUGGAAAUCAAAGCAUUGUUAAUUAACUUUCACCGAAAAUACGAAGUCGGAUUAGUUGAUAAAGACGCGCCAAUUAGGUACUGGUACGCCAUCACAAACCACUGUUCAAAAUUGGAGAUCGAGUUGCAUCGAAAAAAACCGAUAUCCAAGGAAGAAUAA